AUGACGCACGAUUCCCAACCUCCACUUAACAAUAAAGACGAUGACGGAAACCAGAAUAACAGCAACUGUCGUAAUUGCAAAGGAUGCAAUGAUUGCUCCAAUUGCAAUGACUGUGUCGACUGUUCAUUCUGUAGCAACUGCAACAACUGUGAAAAAUGCAAGCAAUGUUCGAACAUGACAAGUUGCACCAAUUGCCAGGAUUGCUCCAACAUGGAAAACUGCACUAAUUGCCGGGGUUGUUCCAACAUGGUAAACUGCACUAAUUGUGAAAAUUGCUCCAAUUUGAAGAACCGGGAUGGUGCUGUCAAUGAGUCUGGGUAA